AUGAAUAAUUUAUUGGCUAUCUUCCUAAUUACAUUAAAUGUAAUAAAUGCAUUUGAAUUGGAUGUUUAUAGAAUGGUAGGCAUAGAAUAAGAUCAAUUUUGGAGUGGAAGUAAGAUAGCUUCUUUCUAAAUGCUCACAACUCACUGGUCAGAAGUGUCAUUAAGAAAAGUGGCAUUAAUUAAAUUUUCAGAAAUAAAUGCUAAUUCAAUGUCUGAAUUACUUACAAACAAACCUAAUGGUGUUUUGAUAAUUCUAGAUUAAAUCUCUGGAGAUAAUGAAUAUUAAAUUUGGGACUUAAUCACAACUAAUUUGGGUAUAACAUUGAUUGAAUUUAGGUCCUAAGGGAGCAACCAUACCUAUUUAUUUUACUUAUGAAUCUGAGAAUAUAAAAAAUCACUAUUAAGAAAUUUAAAGUGAAACAGAUUAGGAAUAUUAAUUAUAAGUAACAAGUGUGGAUCAAAAACAAAUACUUACAUUGGAGGAUUCUUAUGUAAAUUUAAAAUCUAAAUAUUAGAACUUAAUAGAAAGUAUAUCUAACUUUAAGUAAAACAAUCCUUCCACUCUUAUUGUAUUAGGAAUUGAUGAAAAUUUACCAUCCGCUGAAAUAACAAUCCCAAUUGAAAGGUUUGGAAUAUAAUCAUCCAUCUUUUUUAAGAUUGCUAGAGAAUUUAAAUAUUAAUAAAGAUUGAGGUAAUAAAUAAUUCAUUUUUUUAGUCGUAACAUAAUAUUUUAUAUAUCAACCUCUCAAUCCUUAAAUGAAUAUGGACUUAAGUAAUUCUAUAAAAAAUAAGAAUACCAAAGAAUCCUAUCAACUAUAGAUACUAUUAUAAUCUUUGACUAAAUAAACUAAGAUGAAUAACUACACAUUGAAGUUAAUUCUGCUCUUUUAGCUUAAAUUUAAACUAAUUUAACUUAAAUUAAUGUAGCUCUCAAAGAGAUUGAAACUACUACUAUUUAAAAUAAAGAGAUUGAUACAAUCAGAAUAUAUACUUAAAAAUAACUCAAAAUAUUGACUCAAUAAUAAAAUUUUACAAAAGUGCAAGAUAACGAAUAAAUUGUUAUGAAUUUAGUUAGCUAAUUGAUUGAUGGCAAACCAUAUGAAUAAUAGCAUUAGGAUUUAUUGUUUGAUUAAGCUUUAAAUUAAUUCAUCAAUACUCCUAACAGACAUCCAACAAACCUUUAAAAGGACUCCAAAUUCAUGAAUGAUUUUAAUUCUGUAAUAAUUUUAACUUAAAAAUAGUUAUUAAGAUAAUUAUUUAAACAUACAACCAAAAUGUAAUAUGUGGUAAAGGAUAGAAAAUUCUUUACAUCAUCUCAGUUAAAAGGACAAAUUAUUAAAUUUUAUUCAGCAUUUAUUGAUUUAUAUCUCAUUCUAGGAGUAGGUACAUGGUUAGUAUUUAUUUAUGCUAUAACUAAAGUAAAUUUAGAUUUUUUAUUUUAUAGUAUGUUCCGAUAUUUAGAAUUGAAUAGAAUGCCAAUAAAAAAAGAAAAUGA